GGGGCUCCCGGAGCGGCGGCGGCGGUGCGCGGGGACGAUGGCGGCGUCCUCGGACAAGCUCUACCGGGUCGAGUACGCCAAGAGCGGGCGCGCGUCCUGCAAGAAAUGUAGCGAGAGCAUCCCCAAGGACUCGCUGCGCAUGGCCAUCAUGGUGCAGUCGCCCAUGUUCGAUGGAAAAGUCCCACACUGGUACCACUUCUCCUGCUUCUGGAAGGUCGGCCACUCCAUCCGGCACCCUGACGUAGAGGUGGAUGGGUUCUCGGAGCUCAGGUGGGACGACCAGCAGAAAGUCAAGAAGACCGCAGAGGCUGGAGGGGUGACAGGCAAAGGCCAGGAUGCAGGUGGCGGCAAGGCGGAGAAGACGCUGGCCGACUUCGCGGCGGAAUACGCCAAGUCCAGCAGAAGCACGUGCAAGGGCUGCAUGGAGAAGAUCGAGAAGGGCCAGAUUCGCUUGUCCAAGAAGAUGCUGGACCCGGAGAAGCCCCAGCUGGGCAUGAUCGACCGCUGGUACCACCCAGACUGCUUUGUCAAGAACAGGGAGGAGCUGGGCUUCCGGCCCGAGUUCAGUGCCGGCCAGCUGAAGGGCUUCGGCCUCCUCACCCCGGAGGAUAAAGAGACCCUGAAGAAGCAGCUCCCGGGAGUGAAGAGUGAAGGAAAGAGGAAAGGCGACGAGGUGGAUGGGAUGGAUGAAGUGGCCAAGAAGAAAUCUAAAAAGGAAAAGGACAAAGAUAGUAAGCUCGAGAAGGCCCUCAAGGCCCAGAACGAGCUGAUCUGGAACAUCAAGGACGAGCUAAAGAAAGCGUGUUCGACAAAUGACUUAAAAGAGCUGCUCAUUUUCAACAAGCAGCAAGUGCCCUCCGGGGAGUCGGCGAUCUUGGACCGAGUGGCCGACGGCAUGGUGUUCGGGGCCCUCCUUCCCUGCGAGGAAUGCUCGGGCCAGCUGGUCUUCAAGAGCGACGCCUACUACUGUACCGGGGACGUCACUGCCUGGACCAAGUGUAUGGUCAAGACACAGACACCCAGCCGGAAGGAGUGGGUGACUCCAAAGGAAUUCCGAGAAAUCUCUUAUCUCAAAAAACUGAAGAUCAAAAAACAGGACCGAAUAUUUCCACCCGAGACCGGAGCCCCGGCGCCAGCACCCCCACCCUCCGCGACCUCGGCGCCCACUGGCGUGAACAGCUCCGCCCCAUCAGAUAAGCCGCUGUCCAACAUGAAGAUCUUGACUCUGGGGAAGCUGUCCCGGAACAAGGAUGAGAUGAAGGCCACGAUCGAGAAACUCGGGGGAAAGCUGACGGGCACGGCCAGCAAGGCAUCCCUGUGCAUCAGCACCAAAAAGGAGGUGGAGAAGAUGAGCAAGAAGAUGGAGGAGGUGAGGGAAGCCGGCGUCCGCGUGGUGUCUGAGGACUUCCUCCAGGACGCAUCCGCUUCCACCAGCAGCCUGCAGGAUUUGCUCUCGGCCCACGUCCUGGCCCCCUGGGGGGCCGACGUGAAGGCGGAGCCCGUGGAGGCCGCGGCCCCCAAAGGGAAGUCGGGGGCCGCACUGCCCAAGAAGAGCAAGGGCCCCGCCAAGGAAGAAGGCGUCAACAAAUCUGAGAAGAGAAUGAAGUUAACCCUUAAAGGUGGUGCCGCUGUCGAUCCCGAUUCUGGUCUGGAACAUUCUGCGCACGUCCUGGAGAAAGGCGGGAAGGUGUUCAGCGCCACCCUCGGCUUGGUGGACAUCGUGAAGGGAACCAACUCCUAUUACAAGCUGCAGCUGUUGGAGGACGACAAGGAAAGCAGGUACUGGAUAUUCAGGUCCUGGGGCCGCGUGGGCACCGUGAUUGGCAGCAACAAGCUGGAGCAGGUGCCAUCCAAGGACGGUGCCAUCGAGCACUUUAUGAAAUUAUACGAGGAGAAGACCGGCAACGCCUGGCAGGCCAAAACCUUCACGAAGUUUCCCAAAAAGUUCUACCCUCUGGAGAUCGACUACGGCCAGGACGAAGAGGCGGUAAAGAAGCUGACGGUGAACCCCGGCACCAAGUCCAAGCUCCCCAAGCCGGUGCAGGACCUCAUUACGAUGAUCUUCGACGUGGAGAGCAUGAAGAAAGCCAUGGUGGAGUACGAGAUUGACCUUCAGAAGAUGCCCUUGGGGAAGCUGAGCAAGAGGCAGAUCCAGGCGGCCUAUUCCAUCCUCGGCGAGGUCCAGCAGGCGGUGUCCCAGGGCAGCAGUGAUUCCCAGAUCCUGGAUCUCUCCAAUCGCUUCUACACCCUGAUCCCCCACGACUUUGGGAUGAAGAAGCCUCCGCUCCUGAACAACGCGGACAGCGUGCAGGCCAAGGUGGAGAUGCUGGACAACCUGCUGGACAUCGAAGUGGCCUACAGCCUGCUCAGGGGUGGCUCGGACGAUAGCAGCAAGGACCCCAUCGAUGUCAACUACGAGAAGCUCAAGACCGACAUCAAGGUGGUGGACAGAGACUCCGAGGAAGCGGAGACCAUCAGGAAGUACGUGAAGAACACUCACGCGACCACGCACAACGCCUAUGACCUGGAAGUUGUUGACAUUUUUAAGAUCGAGCGUGAAGGCGAGAGCCAGCGCUAUAAGCCGUUCAAGCAGCUGCGGAACCGGCGGCUGCUGUGGCACGGAUCCAGGACCACCAACUUCGCCGGGAUCCUGUCGCAGGGGCUUCGCAUCGCCCCGCCUGAAGCGCCCGUGACCGGCUACAUGUUUGGUAAAGGGAUCUACUUCGCCGACAUGGUGUCCAAGAGUGCCAACUACUGCCACACGUCCCAGGGAGACCCCAUAGGCCUGAUCCUGCUGGGAGAAGUUGCCCUUGGAAACAUGUACGAGCUAAAGCAUGCCGCGCAUAUCAGCAAGUUACCCAAGGGCAAGCACAGUGUUAAAGGUUUGGGCAAGACGACCCCCGACCCUUCAGCUAGCAUCACCAUGGAUGGCGUAGAAGUUCCCCUUGGGACGGGUAUCCCGUCGGGCGUUAACGAUACCUGUCUGCUGUAUAACGAGUACAUUGUGUACGACGUCGCUCAGGUAAAUCUGAAGUACCUGCUGAAGCUCAAGUUCAACUUCAAGACGUCCCUGUGGUGAGCCCGGGGACGUGUGGCCGAGGCGCAGCCGGAGGCGGGGGCCGGUGCGCCCCCGCUCGGCGGCCGAGAGCACGAACCUUCCUAAAUCCCCUCAGAAAGGAUUCUCUGUGAGCGUUUGGUCACGUGUGAAACGAUGUUCCUAGCUUUUCAAACCCCUUGUUUGUGUGGGUCUGGGGGUGGGACGGGCGGUGGGGUCCUGCCAGCCAGAAGCCGGGUGGCGACAGCUGACGAUACACGAGAGGCUGGGGCCAGGUAUUCGUCCAGAUUAGUCCCGCGGGAAGAGCCAGGCCCGGUCAGAACGCCGGCCUUACUGGUUUCCCCAGGGGAGGAAAGAAUAAUCUUCCGCCACUUCUAAGCGUCUGCCUUUAGUUCGGGUUUUGGAAAAAUGUUAAGCGUUUAUUUUGAGGUAAAAAUAAAAACUAAUUUCAUACUACUUA